AUGAGCUCUAGAUGACGAUGGCUUCAAACAACUGUCAUUUGGGCUCUGCUGCGCAAAUAAUCCCUUCCCCAAAUAAUUUAAUACUACUUCCAAGAAGCAACUUGAAUCACAUAUUUAUGAUCCUCAUGUUUGGAACAUGAAUUUUCAACGCUUUGUUUUUAAAUUCCCCGCCACCUUUAUGAUGGUGCUUUUAGGUGAACUGAAGCCCUUUGGACAAGCAGAAGGAUUUAGAACGACCUGCGAAGCUUGUGCAAAGACACCGAUUUCGUUGUCGGUCAUUCAUCCCACGACCCAGGGAGUAGUUUUGGCCUCGCGUAAUUUUUUCGUGUACCUCUAUCUGCACAAUGCCAAAGAAAUCUAGAGAUGGAAAAAGGAAUCUCGUUCUCCCUUUACUUGAUACUAAUGACCCCAUCACCAUUAAUCCCUCCGAACUCGAGGAUGAACUUCGUGACCUUAUUGGGACCAGUGGAGCAUGGGAAGAAUGUGAGAGUUCCGGGGAAGAGCCGGACGAAAAUGACCCAAAACUUUUGGCCGAACUACACGAAUUUCUAUCUGGGAGCGAGUCUGUGACUAAAACGCCUUUGCCGGAUGAAUCGAUUAUUAAUAAACGUACGCAAUCACUGCAUCCAGGGGUAUCCCGAGACAAGGUUGGUGUUGAGGAGGACGUUGAUCCAAAACUUUUGGCCGAACUUCAGGAAUUCAUAUCUUCGGACGAACCUGUAACCAAAACGUCAAUGACAGAAGGACGCACUCAGUCAGCGAACUCGGGUGUAUCUCUGGAUGAGGUUGCUACUAGAAUUACGGGCUAUCGUGCUGCGAUUCAACAAUUACAGUCCACUCAACCAAUAGAUGCUGCGAAAAUCCGUCGUUACGAGCGCGUUUUGAAGCAGCUAGAGUCUAUAGCCACGCGCAUUUCUAAUGGAGAUGUGGUAAAUGAAGAUGAACUACCUGCCCCAGCACCACCGGUUGUGUCGCUGCCUUCUACAUACCAGCCGUCUGCUGCACCAGCUUCAGUGGUAGCCGCAGUUGAAAACCAGAACAAGCAGUCGUCUAACCAGCAUUCCGAACCUCUGGCGGCAUCCAUUUCAUCCGGCGCUCCGUUGCAAGCACUGAAAAAUCGUUGCCAGGAGUACAAAGUGGCAGCAAUUAGAGCUCGUGAUGCCGGGCGGAUUCCAGAGGCAAAGAAGCUGUUAGGCGCCGUGAAGUUCAUCGAGUCAAUGGUACCGAAAAUAGAAUCAGGCGAGGAGCGGUUUGAUCCGGACUCCGAUAUGCCUCCCACUCCGGAGGAAUUUUUGGCUGUACCUGACGAUGAAUCGGAUGACAUUACUCCUAGCUCUGCGCCGCACGCUCCCAAUACUCAGCAGUCCCAACUUCCACGCGCAGUGUUAUCAUCGACGGUCACAUCGGAAAAUCUACACAUGCGUCUCAAUUACUUUAAGAACCAGUUAGAAGAAUCAAAGUCUAAUCCUUCGGAUACCAGCAGGACACGGCGCUUCAUGCGCAUCAUAACCCAGUACGAACAGGCUCUGCGUGCGUUCGAUCAUGGGCUUCCUAACUACGCGUAUGCUGAUUUGCCUCCACCACCCAACUGCCCAGUGCUUUCAAAUUCUGCUACUCCACAACGAACUUUGGGUGAUGCUUCCAAUCCUAAGUCGCAUGUCGGGCAGAGAAGCGCGGAGAUGUCGAAGAAUGAGCGAAUAGUGGCGUUACUGAAAAAGCGUCAAGUAGAAUUGAAGUCUGCUGCACUGAAAGCCAAGGAAGCAGGAAACAUAGAGCUAGCCAAGACUCAUCUACGUGCUGCCUGCCGUAUCGAUCCUAUGAUCUCUUCCGCUGAGGCAGGUAUUCCGUUCGACAUCUCAAGUCUACCACCUCCGCCCAAACCCUUGACCGUUGCACCGAGAACUCAAGCGACAAUGUUUAGCGGUCCUAUCCUGUCUGGAAUCACUUGUGAACCCCCAGAUGUAUUCAGAUUGGAACUCAAAGCAAUGCACAGCCAAGAAGAGAGAAACAGGUGUGUGCUGCAGCUGCUUGAGAAACAGGCUAAAGAAGCCAGUGAGCGAGCACUCCAAUUUGAACAGGCUGGACUGCACGAAAUCGCCGCCAAAAUGUCUGAAUUAUUUCGGAUUGGUGAAAUUAGUGUGCGUUCCUUCCGUUCCCGAAUGCUUUCCAGGUCCUCCCCGUCUUAUGUGUUCGAGAAAGCUAAUAUCCCACAACUGAAUAUGAACCAAGAUUUGGGGGAUGAUGUGUUGGAAGUGACGGUGGUACGUGGUUUCACCUAUCCUCUGCCGUCUGACAUUUCAUCAGUCGAUAAACUUGACACGCAGGUGGAGUUGCAGCUUCCCGCGCCCUCAGUGGACACUCCGCAAAAGCACUUGACCAGCUGGCAUAAACACUCUGCGGACCCUGUAUACGACUCUGUUGCGAGAUUUCAAGUGGAUACGAAGGCACGCAGUUUUAACUUACUGCUCAAAAGAAAGCUGAAGGCAACGAUCUAUUACAGUCGUGGGCUACUUCGGAGUGCACGCGUUUUGGGUAUGGCCCAGUUUUCCCUUGAAGAGCUUGCUACAUCAGCAACUGUUACACAAACUGCCUCUUUGAUGGACGGACGCAAAGCAGUCGGUGGCGGCUUGGAGCUACGGUUAAGGCAGCGCUCUUGUGGUGCCGGCCCAAGGAUGACCUCCGUGGAAAAGCCGUGGCUUGUGCUGCAGUUCACAUCGACAUCUCGAUUGCCGCAGUCCGCUCCCCAUACCCGAUUGUCUCCGACAACCGCUGAUCGGGUCCUACCUUCCCAACACGAUCCAUCGUCCUCUCCGGAGUGCCAUCCUAUGAACAAAUCAUUUGAUUCAACAAGACAACCUACACGUGAUGGUGGUGGUCUUCGCACUGUUGAUGGUCGUGUGCGAUCCAAAACGCCUGUUAGUAUAGAAGUGCUGAAACGUGACCAGAAAUACUUUGCAGAACAUUUACAUGGCCCAGAUGGUAUGCAAAACAAAAGUAAACUGGAAUCAGUUACCAAAAAGCUAAAGGAAUUAGAGCACCGUUUUUCGGGUGCAGAUGCUGCAUACCAAAAGAAGAUCUAUGUAGAACAAUUGAAGGAACUGUAUGACCUGAUCCAUGCAAAACUGACAGAUGCUGUAAGGCGGGAAGACCAAGUAGAAAUUUUAAAAUAUAGUGAACGCCUAAAAUUAGUGAAGCAGGAAAUUUACAGCUUUCGGUCUUCAACUGGACAAAAGCCAGAAAACAGUUAUCACCCGGUGUAUCGGACCAACGCUACACCAGUGCACGAGGUUAGUCAAAAUCAGUCGGCAAGCGAUCCACAACUUGCUAUCGACCGUAAAAACCGAAAUAACAUUCACGCUGUUCCAAGUCCACAUUACCCAGGCACUUCUCGACGCUGAAGAACAUGUGAACACAACUUCGUCUUUCAUUUAUGACGCUCAUCACUCUUCUAUAUUGUUGAUGACAUUUGUGCUGCUACGGCUUAGAAUGUCGCUCCUUACGUGGCUAGUUGAACGUUUUUGUUUCCGGCUCUGUUUCUUUCUCAUGUGUUGAGAGCUCAUUGGGGCUGACGAACUUUCCCCCCUAGCCAAAUACUUUGCAACCACGAAACCAGUGAAGGUAACCCAUAACGGACCAUGCUUUAUGUGGCUUGCAUACCAUUCCAAUUUGUUUAUUUCAUAAGAGCUUAAGACUCCUCAUCAGAAGCUUGAGUUUGAACUUGGU